CUUAUUCUUAAACUGUGGCCCCUGGUUCUGGACUCCCCCAACAUCGGGAACAUGUUUCCUGCCUCUAGAGUGUCCAAGCCCUUAACAAUCUUCUAUGUUUCAAUGAGAUGCCCUCUCAUCCUUCUAAACUCCAGAGUGUACAAGCCCAGCCGCUCCAUUCUCUCAGCAUAUGACAGUCCUGCCAUCCCGGGAAUUAACCUUGUAAACCUACGCUGGGCUCCCUCAAUAGCAAGAAUAUCCUUCCUCAAAUUAGGGGACCAAAACUGCACACAAUACUCCAGGUGUGGUCUCACUGACACUAGGGCUCUGUACAACUGCAGAAUGACCUCUUUGCUCCUAUAUUCGAUUCCUCUUGUUAUAAAGGCCUACAUGCCAUUCGCUUUCUUCACUGCAUCUUGGAUGAUCAGCCAUGAUCAUAUUGAAUGGCGGUGCUGGCUCGAAGGGCCGAAUGUCCGCUACUCCUGCACCUAGUUUCUAUGUUUCUGUGCUGUAUAUCUAAAGUGUAACGUGAAGUACAGGCGUUGAGCUGCGGUAGGAAGUUACAUAUACCCUGUUGGUGCAUUAUUUGUACGCUGGGCAUACAAGAAUGGGGAGGGAAAGAAUCUGGUUUUUCGUGCCUGGGCUGGCUAAACUAGUUCUUGGUGCAACGACUUAACCCCAGCCUGCCUCCCACGUGCGAUGUUUGAUAUACACAAACUGCUGGAGUCACUCAGCGGGACAGGCAGCAUCUCUGGAGAGAAUUCGGGGGUCGAGACCCUUCUUCAGACGCUAAUUAUAUGCCCUGAGUGUGAUCUACACACGCGGGACAAAAAAGCACGCGGGUCUUACCACACCGCCCCUCCCAGCCUCUCCUGCAUCUGUGGCAGGUUGCUUGAACGAAGUCACUUAGUUAAAGCUCCCUCCCACCACCACUUAGAGUUGUAGCCGCCCUACCCAACGCCGAUACCUCUCUCAGUCUCUCCCCUCCCUUAGUAACGUGCCUCCCCUGACACCGCCCUUCAUUCCACACCAGUGACAGACACCUCUGGGAUUAUUUUAUUUUGGUUGUUCAGUGUUCCCAUCUCUCUUCUGAUGGCCUCUCUCCCGACGCCAGUGACCGCCCCACUCUCCCUCUUUCGCCCUCGUCUCUCACUGAGGGCUCUGUGAAUCUUUGGAGAGGGAGGGAGAGAAUAUUACCGUCCCGUCCCCGUCUCCUCCAGGACCAUGGCUUCCUUUACGUACGGCGAGAAGCAUCAGUACUGGCAGCUGUUGAACAGUGAAGGAGAUGCAGGUGAAGGGAGGAUGCUUACACCACAGUAUAAAAGGACUCCAUUGACCCAUGUGCAACAUACCAACUUCCCACCAGCACGCAAUAUGCCAUUAUGUUUGGAACCCGUGGAACCGUUAGAUAUUGAGGCGCACAUACAGAAUCAGUUGGCAGACCCUGAGCUGGAACCAUUUCAGUAUCUGAUGGACUACCCAAACGAUGACGUGGAAGUCACAUUAUCUUCUCGAGAGUAUCAGACCACUACUCCAGCUGAGCCCGACAACUGGGAUAACAUGACUCCACAGGUGAGGGCAUGUGUGGAGACCUACACCAAGGACUGGCUGAUGGUUACCAGGAGCUAUCAGAAGUGCAAUACGGAGAGUCGACGCAAGGGGCUGAACCUUCCUCAUCAGAUCUUUGAAUGCGAUGAAAGCUUUAAUUUGGAAAUGCAGGGUCUCCAGGGCUCGGUCGGACAGCAGGCAGCUGAGCCACAGACUGAGGCGGCAGAGAUUUUUAUUCAGGACCUGCUGCAGCCCACCACACCCGAGGAGGUUGAUCUGAGGAAUAAAGAAAAACGUAAAUCUGGCCGGCUGACCGAUAUGUGCUCUCUCUACCCCCCGAUGGAUGAGGAGGACGCCGGGUACAGCCGGGCCAUUCCGCAGCCUCCGUGCUGUCAAUGGGAUCAGAAGCUGCAGUUUAAUUUUCUGGAAUUAAAAUUUGAAAUCGAAAUUGAACCACUCUUUGUGACGUUAGCCUUGUACGAUUUAAAGGAAAGGAGAAAGAUUUCAGAAAACUUUUACUUGGAUCUCAACUCUAAAGAAUUUCGAGGAAUCAUCCAGACUCAUGAUGAUGCCCCAUGUUAUUUCAAGAAGGCCAUCUUCUCAAUCACCCACCCCUCUUCUGAAAUCUACCUGGUCAUCAAGGUGGAGAAGGUUCUUCAGCAGGGCAGCAUUGCCGAGUGUGCUGAGCCCUACAUGACCAUUAAAGACUGCGAAACGGCCAAGAGUAAAGAGAAGAUCGCAAAGCUUCGGUUCCAGGCGAUGUCCUUCUGUCAACGCUUGAAGUCCUAUCGGAUGCCUUUUGCCUGGGCUGCUGUAGAUCUCACAAGCCUCACAUCCACCAGUGGAUCCCACAAUUCACUGGACAGAGACGGCAAUACUGGAGGCAGUGGGACUGAGAUGCGUUCGCAUUCACUGGACAGCAAAUACAGCAUCCACUUAUUGCGGCCCGCUCAGUAUAAUCUCCAGAUGUUCAAUAAACAGGAGGAAGAUAAACUCAGUGAUGAAGACCUGAUGAAACUUAUCGCCGACGAGAAGAAAACAUCGACUCUGCUGAGGCGACAACGGAGGAUUCCAGGAGUUUUUCGAUUCGAAGUGUCCCAUGUUACUGAAGCAUCGACCUUUUGUUUUAACCCCGAGUUUUUGGAAGUCAAGCCGAGCAACAGUGAGAACACAGAUCUGACCUUGGAGGUGUUGGAGUUCCCCGUGUCAGGGUUUUCCGUUCCACAUACAACGUACAGGAAUCUCCUCUACAUCUACCCCCAGUUCCUCAAUUUCUCCAACCGGCAAGGCUCGGCGCGGAACAUCACGGUGAAGAUCCAGUUCCUGGGCGGAGAGAGACCGGACAGUGCCUUACCGGUCAUCUUUGGAAAGUCUGGAUACGCCGAAUACAUGAACGAGUGCUACACUCCGGUGGCUUACCACAGCAAGUCUCCGUUCUUCUACGAGGAGGUGAAGAUGAAACUGCCCUCCAACCUCAAUGAGAAGCAUCAUCUGCUCUUCACCUUCUACCACGUGAACUGUCAGCCCAAACAGACCCAGGAGGCUCCAGAGGUUCCAGUGGGCUACAGUUGGUUUUCAAUGCUGGACAAUGGCCAUCUGCGCUCUGGAUCAUUCGAGCUUCCAGUUUGCUUGGAGAAGCUUCCACACCUGUAUUCAGUGACAUCUACAUCGCUGGCUGGGCUGAAGUGGUUGGAUAACCGGAAAGCAGUCUUCAAGUUGGAGCUACGCCCAGUGUCGACGAUAUACCCUCAGGAUAGAAACCUGGAGCGGUUCUUCUCGCUGUGUGAAAGCGCGUGCAAACACCACUCUGUAGCCCAGCAGACGGAGGCACUCAGGCAGGCUGUCUCUGCCCUCCAGCUGGUUCCGAUGGAAGAGUUAAUCUGCUUCUUGUAUGUGGUGUUGGACAAACUGCUCACACUCCUCACGCUGAGCUCCACAAAGACAACAGAAGGAGCCCUGGUCAGCAAAGAAAUCUUCGAAAUGCUGAUUGCAAUUGUGGACCAGCUGCACAGCAGUGAGGAGAUGCCGAAAGAUUCAAUGGGACGGAAUAAUUCGUUGGCGACAUAUGUACACCACUUGUUCAGCAUGCCAGUUCCCAACGAGGCUGAAGUCACGGAGUCUGAGAAAUACGCCACUAUCCGACCGGAGAGUGCAACAGCAGCGCUGCAGAUGAUGCGGAAACUCAGCACGAGUGACUCCGAGGUGCAGACGGCUAAAGCCAGCGUGCCUGGGGGCAGCGGCCUGAAACCGUCAAAGUUAUUCCAUGAGGAAUUAGCCUAUCAUAUCGUGUUCACCAACGGAAAGAUGAGGAACCAAGUGUACAGGCAUCUGUGGUUCUUCUGCGAACUCUUGGUCAAAAGCAUGAGUCAGUACGUCUCGGACACAGUGGGAUGGAGUUCCCCUCGCAGCCUGAGGUACCCGGAGCAUUUCCCCGGCAUCAUCUACACCCUGGUCAACAUUGGCACCGAGUUUGUGAAACAUCAGGAUCCUGAAAUUACAGAUCUGACGAACCUGAGCCUUGGGUUUUUCCUGAAUGACCUCCUGUCUCUCAUGGACCGAGGCUUUGUCUUUCGAAUGAUCAGCCACCAUCACAAGGAGCUUUCAGACAGAGAGGACAACCGGCCUCACCUCCAAGACCAACGCAUUGAGUUCCUGAGGAUCGUCUGCAGCCACGAACACUUUGUCAUCCUGAACCUCCCACUCACACCAAGCGUUGAGACAUUGGACAGCGGUGACCAGACGGAGGAUGCCGGCACAGAUGAGUCAACGGUCGAAAUAUUCAGGCUUUCCAGGACAUUUCGUCAGCAACACUUUUUAAUUGGGCUGCUCCUGGAGGAGAUAGCCAAUGUGCUGACCACUGACUCAGAGAGCAGGUUGAUCAGGCGGGAGGCGGUGAGCUUGCUUCACUGCCUGCUGGCGUCCCACGAUGGGGACCGGAGGUUCGGCAACCGCGGGGCCAAGGUGAAGGUGGCGGCCUUGUACCACCCGCUGCUGGACAUCAUCCUCAACAGUCUCCCCCUGCUGGCAGAUUAUGACAACUCGAGAAGAAAAUUGCCCAAGCCCUAUUCCAACCCCAGGGAUGCCUCCAGCCUGAUUAUAACAUCGGCAGUUGUGACAGCCCCAACGAACAGACACUCGGCCCCCAUCUCAGGGCCUCCAGCUUCCAUCAUGUCAGCGGAACUGACCCAGACCGUCUUGUUCUGCUUUCUGUGGGUUCUGAAGAACGCCGAUGAGGCAGCCCUUCGGGAGUGGAUCGUGGACCUCCCCGCCCAGCAGCUGCUCGGCCUGCUGGACCUGCUGGACCUGUGCGUGUCCACCUUCGAUUACGAGGGCCAGCCAUCCACUGAACAGAUCAGCAGUGUCGUUUACCGCAAGUCGAGAGACAUGAAGUUGCGGCUGGAGAAGACCAUCUUCGGAACCACGGGAGCCCGGCGGGAAAUGAUGAGGCGUCGGGAAUACCCAGGAAUUGAGAAGUUAUUCACCGGGGUGAACGCGGGUCUACAGGAGAAGUUACGCUGGAGGAAGGACCUGACCCAGUGGCGACAACCUGUUGGCAGGGACAAGGUGAAGUUAGAACUGGAGGAGGAAGCCUUAAUCAAUGGAAACCUGACUGUGGAAACCAACAUGAUUGUGUUGGACACUCUGGAGCUGUUAAUCCAGUCGUCCAGCCCGAUGCCUGAGUUGAGGCCUGUGGUCACAGGGGUCCUGAAGGUUCUGAUCCACAGCUUGUCCUGUAACCAGAGCACCUUGUACCUGAAGGACGGCUUCAACACCCAGCGAGCCUUCAUCGCCAAGUUCCCGGAGGUGCUGUUCGAGGACGACUCGGAGCAUUGCACGGACCUGUGCUUGCUGCUGCUGCAGAGGUCCACCAGUCACUUUGAGAGCACACGGACACAAGCCUCAGCCUCCCUCUACCUGCUCAUGAGGCAGAGCUACCACGCACAUUUUCCAAAAGCAAAGAUGUACAUUACUCUAACGUUGGCGUCGUUGUCGGAGAAACUCUCCAACCAGGAUAAGCAAUGUCUGCAACAAACUCUCAAUAUGAUCCCCACUUACUUGGAAGCAGACAGAGCCAUGGAGAGGACCAGCUUCCCUGUGCAGGUGGAGGAGCUUUUGAAGAACUUGAACGGAGUGUUGUGCGACACAGUCAAGCUGCAGGAAUUCCCCCAGGACGUGGACAUGCAGAUUGACCUCAUGUACAGGGUUGCGAAGGGUUUGCAGAGUUACGUGGACCUCCGCCUGCUGUGGUUGCGCAAGCUGGUGGCGAAGCACGUGCAGCGGGGAAGCUACGCAGAGGCCGCGCACUGCCUGGUGCACAGCGCCGCCCUGCUGGCAGAAUAUCUAAACCGCGUGGACGGAUCUGUCCACCUGCCCAUGGGCAGCGUCAGCUUCCAGAAAAUCUCCCUCAAUGUCCUGGAGGAAUCCUUGGUGUCUGAAGAUAUAUUUUCUUUGGAGAGGGAGGGUGUUUGGGCCGGGAACUCGUUCAGUGAAGAAGGUCUCUUGAAGUUGCUGGACGAGGCGGCUAGAUUCUUCAACAAGGCAGAAUUUUAUGAAGUGGUUUAUGAGAUUCACAAACUCAUCAUCCCAAUUGCUGAAUUUCAUCGGGAUAUCAAGAAACUAUCUGCUAUUCACGGGAACCUGAAGGCAACGUUUGAUCAGAUCCUGAGUGAGGAUAAUAAGAGAAUGUUUGGGACAUAUUUCCGUGUGGGGUUCUACGGAUCACUGUUUGGAGAACUGGAUGACCAGGAGUACGUCUACAAGGAGCCAGCCAUCACGAAACUGGUGGAGGUCUCCUCACGAUUAGAGGAAUUUUACAAAGCGAUGUUCGGGCAAGAUCGUGUGGAGAUUAUUAAAGAUUCUGCACCGGUCAAGAAGGAAAACCUGGAGCUGGACAAGGCCUAUGUCCAGGUGACCUACGUUGAGCCCUACUUUGAAGAGUAUGAGUUGAAGAAUCGAGUCAGCAACUACGAGCGGAGCUCCAACUUGCGGCGGUUCAUCUACAGCACCCCGUACACGCUGGAUGGCCGCGCCCAUGGGGAACUCAGCCAGCAGUGCAAGCGCAAAACCAUCCUCACCACCUCACACGCUUUCCCUUACAUCAAGACCAGGAUCAAUGUCGUAGAGAAGCAGGAGAUGAACCUGAGGCCCAUUGAAGCGGUGAUCGAGGACAUGCAGAAGAAGACCCAGGAGCUGGCAAAGGCAACGAGUGAAAACCCACCCAACCUGAAGCUGCUCCAGAUGGUGCUGCAGGGAUCGGUGGGCCCCACCGUCAACCAGGGUCCCCUGGAAGUCGCCCAAGUUUUUUUGUCUGAAAUUCCCGACGAUCCGAAACUUUACAGACACCACAACAAACUCCGCAUCUGUUUCAAGAACUUUUUGAAACGAUGUGAAGACGCUUUAAUUAUAAACAAGGGCCUGAUCUCGUCAGAGCGAGAGGAAUAUCAGAACGAACUUGAGAGGAACUAUGAGGCCCUAAAGUACAACUUGCAACCAUUCCUUAACCGGAGAAUCCCUCAGCUUUACAUUACACCUAGUCAGUAGGAACCUCAAAUGGUCUGAACGAUAUUAGUUUAGUUUUGUUUAUUGUCACUUGUACCGAGGUGCAGCGGAAAAGCUUUUUGUUGCCUGCUCUCCCAGUCAGCGGAAAGACUGGACAUGAUUACGGUCGGGCCGUCCACAGCGUACAGGGAAAUGCCGCUGUUGGUGUGGAGGUUUACAGGAGUGUAGCGAUUGUAAGGAGCGAUGGCAGAUCCACGUGUGGGACCAACAUGCUGAGCGGAGCCCGGCUUCAUCCAACUGUGGGGAAGAUACGACCAGAACUUCGAUCAGUACGGGUGUCAGAGGGUUAUAGGGACAAGGCAGGAGAAGGGGGUCAGGAGGGAGAGAUAGAUCAGCCAUGAUUGAAUGGCGGAGUAGACUUGAUGGGCCGAAUGGCCUAAUUCUGCUCCAAUCACUUAUGAUCUUACGAACUUAAAGCGCUGGACUUGUGAAGUCAUAGAACAAGCCCAUCGCACCACCAAGCCCACACCAACCACUGUGCUUAUCUACACGAGUACCUUCAUCGAUGUCUCGCCCAUUCAAUGUUUGCUGGGUGAUUCUUAUGGGAGUGCCUUUCUCUCCACCACUAUCUCAGGCAAAGCGUUCCAGAUUCCACUCACUGUGUGAAACAGAUUCUCUUCGAAUCCCUUCCAAAGGGCCAGGGCUCUUGGUUUUUUCAAAACACCGUUAGAACUGUAUCAUUAAGAUGUGAAUAGUUCCCUCAUGUAAGAAAUGUAUUGUUAUGAGUUUGGAAUGCAGGCACAGUCACAGAUCACCUUGUCAUGGAGUACUUUGUGCUUUCUGACUUUCUCCUUGGAUGUGAGUGAACAUUUACACAAAGCCAUGCUGUAUCUCUAAACUAAACAUAGGCACAUUUACACAUAUACUGUAUAUGCAUAUACACAUGUAUGUAUACUUACACAUAUAUUUAUACACACACACACGUACAUACAAAAUGCCGGAGUAACUCAGCAGGGCCGGCAGCAUCUCCGGACAGGAGGAAUGGAUGAUGUUUUGGGUCGAGACCCUUAUUCAGUCUGAAGAAGGGCCUCGACCCAAAUCAUCACCCAUUCCUUCUCUCAUGUCCCGCUGAGUUACUCUGACAUUUAGUGUCCAUCUUUGGUUUAAACUUGCAUCUGCAGUUUCUUCCUACACAUACACACAAAUAUAUAUAUAUAUAUACAUGCAUAUACAUGUAUGUGUGUGUGUGUGUGUAUAUGUAUUAUAUAUUCCGUUUGUACAGAGCUUUGUAUCUGAACAUCAAAGCAAAAAAUAAAAUUGAUGUGGUCCAUUUUUAAAUCACAUGAGGAGUGAGUGGCGGCACGGUGGCGCAGCGGUAGAGUUGCUGCCUUAUGGGCCUGUCCCACUUAGGCGUUUUUUUAGGAGACUGCCAGCGACUAGGACAAUGGAAUUCACUGAAGUCAGCACUGGCAACUACCUACGUCACCUGGCGAC